UGAAUAAUAAGGGCUGAGGGUCAUUUCCCUUCUGUCACAGAGCAAAGUCGCCCCCAGGUUGCUGUAACGGUUCUCCGCACCAGGCUCCUCCCGAGCUCCCCAUAGGCCACCCAGUCGGGGCCGCCCCUGGGCCCGUGCCAACCGGUACCUAGUGACCUCUGACCCCUGGCGUGAUUCUGGGCCCUGGUGAGGGCCAGUCCCCGGCCAUGGAGCUAGGCAGCUGCUUUAAGACCUACGAGGACUUCAAGGAGUGUUUCAGCGCCUACAAAAAGGAGACCAGGUGCUCCUUCAUUGUCAGGGACUGCGUCUCCGUCCGCUUCCAUAACCUCAACCACGGCACCUCCUUCCGCGAGGAUAUCCUAUAUGUGCAGGUGAAAUUUGUCUGUAUUCGGACGCAGUCAAACAGGAAGAGAACACGGAAAGUGGACAGGUGCCCAGCAUACCUGCUCCUGCAGUACAACGAGAGGCUAGAUAGACUGUUUAUCAGUGAACUGAAUAUGCAGCACAUCCAUGCUGAUUUUAACCCUGCUGCUGGAGGGGUCCCUGCUAGCCAACCUCAGGAGGCAGUAUGUCUGCCCAAACUCCAGCCGGUGCAGCUCAGCAUCAAGAAAGACCUUGAGACAGCAGAGAAGCUCCCAGUAGAACCAUCUUUUUGCCUAGAUAAGGUGCAUGAGCCCUCAAAUCCAGAGCAGGAGGGCAUCAGUCCUUCUGAUCUGGCCAAGAUAGCAAAAGUGAUGAAGAACUUUCUCACGGUAGACGAGGGCUCAAUGGCCUCCUUCAGUGUGGGGACCAGCCAGGACCUGGACCGGCUCAGCUUCCAGAGCAGCAAGAUGAGUGACUUGUUCACCCGCUUCCCAGAGAAUCUCUUGCUGCACCGAGUGGAAAACAGCCAGGGCCAUAUUCUGUAUGCUUUCUUGGUGGAGAACAAGGAGCGAGAGAGUCGCGUGGUACACUUUGCUGUGCUCAAGGCUGAGACGGCCUCCUCUGUGGCCAAGAUGCUCAGUAUUUUUACAGAAUUCAACUGUGAUUGGCCCAAGGUCAAGGUAGUCUUUGUGGACCCUUCAUUCCCUCACCGAGCUGUUCUUCAGGAGAUCUUCCCUGCUGCCCGCAUCCUCCUUUCUAUCUACCACACCACGCGUCUCUUAGAGAAGAAGUUACAUCAGAGUUCAGCAAAUGCAUCCUUUAAAAGGCUCAUGAAGGAAGCCCUGCGGGAGGCUGUGUUUGUCUCUUCUGGUGCAAGCCUGCAAAACCUCUGUCAGAUGUCCCAAGCCCUCCUGGAUGAGGAGCUCUUCAGGUUCCUCCAGGCCCAUUGGUUCUCCUGUGAACUGCUGUGGUACAUGCAUGUGAGGAAGGGCCUGCAUGCGUGUAACACCUAUAUGGACAGCCUGGAUAUCGUCACCAGCAAGGUGUCAAGCCUCUUUCGGGAGCAGCGGUCUCUACUGGACUGCAUCCUCCACUUUGUGGAUUACAUAGACUUCUUUAAUACCAAAGGUCUUAAAAGCUUGAACACAAAUUCUCCCAAGUUAAAGAGAACUCCCAAGCUCCCAAGCACACCACCAAGGCCCAAGAAGCCUUUUAGAAUUUGUGGAGGGAAUGUCACCAGGCUCCCUGUGGAAGAGACAAAGCCAGACUCACAGCAGUCUGAAUUGCUACAGCCCCAGGAUCAGUCCUCCAAGGGUGGCAUGCUAGAUAUCUUGCACCAGAGUGGCUCUGAACUAGCCUACAAGUUGUGCCAUAAUGAGUGGGACGUGGUGCAGAAUUCCACCCACCUGGUGGACAUGGCAGGUUCCUCAGUAGCUGUUCAGCUGCUAGAGGACUCACACCAGGUGAGCAAAGAUGGCUGCAGCUGCAGCUGUUCCUUCCAACAGUGCUACCACCUGCCAUGUCGGCACAUUUUGGCCCUGCUGCACACCAGCCAGCAGCCGGUAAGGGAAGCCAUGGUGUGCUGCCGGUGGCAGAAGAAAUACCAACACCUCCUUGGCCCCGAUGGGGAGCUGCGAGACCAAGGCGUAACUCCAAACACAGAUCAACCCGAAAAGCAAAGUCAGAACCAUCUGAGUCGGGACCUGAGCCGGGAGCUAGCGAACCUGUUGAUGCAGACUGAGGGGCCAGAGCUGGAAGAGCGCUGUGCCACCCUGCGCAAGAUCGUGGACAUCUGGGCUGACCCCUAUCAGCUCCCUGAGUCCAGUCAGCAGCCAGUUGACUUCAGAGAUGUGGGCUGCCUUCCUUUCCUCUGGGGAAAGCUAGAGGAAGGAGACAAUCUCCCUCUCGCUGAAGCCAUGGUUGAUGACUGAAGUGUUUGUCCUGGUGCACUGCGUCUCACAACCUUGGAAGUUUGAGAGUUCUAAGUGGGUGGGUCAUGCUGUCUGUCAGUAUUUUAAUGUGUCUUCCUAGGUAAGGGCUAAGAACAUCUUAAAACUGGGGAAGAGGGACUCCACUGUGACAGUCCUUUGAGCCUGCCCUUCAGCCCUACCUUUGGCGUUCUGUAGACACCUCAUUCUUUGUUCAAAGCCAAAGUUAUUCCAUACUGAAAGGUCAUGCCCCUUUCUCCCCAGCCCCAGAGGUCAGAUUACAUUGACACUACAGAGAUGAACCCUUGUCCAGGAUAGGAUAAACCAAAAUGGGCCUGCAAAGAAGCUUUGUUUUUGGAGACAGAGGGGAGGAGCGUGGCCCUUGACUGUCGCUGCUCUUUAGAAAAUACCUGUUAUGUAUUUUUAUUCACACUAAUAAAGUUGUUUUU